ACGAGAUCGCUGGAGGCCUGGGGACCCCGGGCCGGGGGGGAAGCCGGGGGCUUGGGCUUUUCGGGACAAUUGGAGCUUAGUCAAUCCGCAAGCAUUUAGGCCCGGCGCGGUGCUGAUCCUUAGGGAGGCAGAGAAGGACGGAAACAGACUCCGCUCCCAAGUAAUCGAUCAGAAAACGCUCACUAAGCGCUCACUGUGUGCCAGGCGUCGGGCUGGGGAUCUAAAGGCAAAAGCGGUUCUAGGUGAAAGAAAUCAGUGUUUAUUACCUUGUAAAUAUCCGGAUAUUUACAAGGUCUGUAUUCAGAAGGGAGUCGGAAAGAGAAAGAAGGCGUUGCUGAGGAGCCGGGGAGCCCUCUUGCAGAGGGUAGGACCUGAGCCGCCUUGACCGAAGUCAGAGCAAGUAAGAGGCGGAAGGGCGGGUGUGGGACCUUCCAGGCAAGGGGCACAGGCGGCCUAAAGCUACAGGGAAUAGUGACCCCUUUUGAAUUAAUGAGACGUGGAAGACAGAGACUAACUUUUUCAACAUGAGUGUCACCUCGGAGAAGAAAGGUCGAGGGAUGAAGUUUGCGGAGGAGCAGCUGCUUAGACAUGGAUGGAGUCAAGGCAAAGGCCUUGGCAAGAAAGAAGAUGGCAUAGCCCAGGCCAUCAAAGUGAAGUUGAAGCAGGAUAAUGCUGGGGUGGGACAUGACCCUUCUAAGGAAUUCACCGACCACUGGUGGAGCCAACUUUUCAACAAGACAGCUGCCAGCUUGGUGGUAGAGACUGGGAAGGAUGGAGUAAAGAUGAAGACCCAGGCCAAGGACACCAGUAAGCAGAAACGAUCUGGGGGCUCCAAGUCCAGCCUGUUGUAUGGACACUUCAUAAAGAGUGCCACGCUCACGGCAGCCGGGGAGAAGGAGGAGCAGCAGAGUGAACAGAGCAGCGAGGAUGAGGCGCUUUCAGCAGCCAAGAUCCUGACAGACGAGGAGUUGAUUCGAGCCUGCGAGGGACGUACUGCACACAAGGGUGCCCGCCAUGGGCUUACCAUGAAGGCCAAGUUGGCACGGCUGGAAGAACAGGAGCGGGCCUUCUUGGCACAGUACAAAGGCCAGAAUGCAGGCGUAUCUGACUCACCGGCUGAGGACAUACCCCAAAAGAAGAAGAAGAAGAAAAAGAAAAGUCAAGAAGAAACAUCAGCAGCAGACACAAAUGAGCAUGUGGAGAUCCUAGAACAGCUUGAUGAGAACAGCAGGAAGAAGAAAAAGAAGAAAAGGAGACAACAGGAAGAGGAAGAAGAAGCAGAGGUAGAUAUUCAGGUAGAGAGGGAAGAGGAAGAAGAAAACAGGACCCAGAAAACGAAAAAGAAGAAAAGAAAAAGAGAAGCACCAGAGGCAUAGUGAGGACUGUCCCAGUUACCACCUGCCUUCCUCUGCUAGAGACUGAAGCUGGGGCCUCUGCCCACUGUGAGGGGGGGGAAACAUGAGGAUUCUCCUUUAGGUGGUGAGGCCAUUGGAGAUCAAGGCUCCAGGGGCCCCUCUCCUCCUCGAGUUUUUCUACAUGGAGGAAUCAAUAAACCCCUCCUGGGAUCCUG